AUAAAAAAGACCAUGAUGCCCAACACAGAAACUAGCUAGCUAUAUUUAGCACGUUGCAAAAUAGCAUCUUUAUAUCAUUUUGCAGCUGGCCUGCAAAUAUACUAGAUCUACAUCUACAAAAUGCAAGCUCCAAGGUGCACAAGGUCAAGCAGCAUGGUGGACUCAUGGAUAUGGAGAGCUCACUGCUGGGUUUGUCUCUGUCUCUUACUCAUACUUACUGCAGCCCCAUCAUCAGCAAGACAACCACAUAUUAACCUUCAUCACUUAUUGGCAAAGAAAUCAGUUAGUGUUUCCAUCCCAUCAUGCUGUCCAGAUCCCGGGGUCCCAAGAGACGGCACUCGAACGGGAGGAGGAAGAUUGAUCGUCGGGUCGAUGCUGAGGUUCGCAUGUAACCCUGGCUUCUUGCUCCGUGGCUCUGAAGCACUAAGCUGCAUGCAUGGAGAAGGAAAUAUCCUAGAAUGGAAUGCAGACUUACCGGAGUGUGUGGUGUUGCAUCCCAAUAUCGGGUCACCUGACCCCUGUGGACCCCCUCCCGAGCCAGCGACCUUCGCUUUCAUCCUCUCCUACUCAGUGGGGGGUAGCGUGGGCUAUAGCUGUCUGGACGGCUACGUACCAAUCUCCGGCAACGAGCAGCUGACCUGCACUGGGGGCAGGUGGCAGGGAGAGAGAUUGCAUUGCAGGAGAAUUGGACAAUGUAAGGAUGAGGGAAACUUUGCAAAUGGGAGGAAGAUUCUUGGAGGCACUCGAGAAAAUGAUACUGUCAACUUUGUGUGCAAUGAAGGACAUUUGUUACUAGGCAACCGUCAGCUCCACUGUGGUAGUGAUGGCAACUGGAAUGGGUCAUGGCCACAAUGCGCCGAAGUAUCUGCUAAUUGCGGUGAUCCGGGUAGAAUUACAAAUGGUCGACGAUUUGUGAGUGGAACGACUCGAGGCUCAACCGUCAGGUUUCUGUGUAGUCAUGGCCACGUCCUGCGUGGGACUGAGGAGAGAACAUGCUCGAGUGAGGGAGAGUGGUCAGCCAGCACUCCUUCAUGCAAAGGAGUACGUUGCAACUCACCAUCCAGACCUCACCACGGGUCAGUCUCUUACUCCACCACCCAAUAUGGAGCCAAAGCAACCUACACCUGCAAUCCAGGCCAUGUGUUGUCUGGGGCAAUAGAAAUAACAUGUGCUGCAGCUGGCACUUGGUCUGAACCACCACCUCAGUGCACGCGAGUUGAGUGUGGGAUGCCUAGAAACCCCAAUCAUGGAACCAUUAUCCCGAGGUUCAGGGGCACACCACAGUACGGCGAUGCAGUCAGCUACUCUUGCCUGAGGGGCUAUGGUCUGGUUGGUUCUUCUGAUCGCACCUGUCAGGCCGACAGCAGCUGGUCUGGAAACACGCCCUCCUGCAUGAGUGAUUCUUGUGGGACGCUCAAUAAUCCCAUCAACGGACUUGUGACUAUGUACGGCAUGACACUGGGAAGUGCAGCUGUCUAUUCAUGCAACUCAGGCUACACACUCAGCAAUCCAGAAAGAGCACAGCGAAUAUGUGGACUGUAUAGUGUGUGGUCAGGGGAAUCCCCUACUUGUCAAGCCAUCACUUGUAACCGACUGACGAUACCUCUAUAUGCAACCUUAACGAUGACCAAUGAGAAUCGAUACGGCUCGGUUGCUGAGUACACUUGUAACUUUGGUUACAUCAUGGUUAGUGGGCAAGAGAGCCUGCAAAGACACUGUGAAGCCACUGGACUGUGGACUGGUCUACCAACUGACUGCUAUGAGGUGAAAUGCCCCCCUCUGGAGAGCCCACACAAUGGGCGUGUGGUGAUGAGUGGCCAGGGCCUGGGGGACGAGGCUAGUUACUCGUGUCAGGAGACCCAUCAGCUGGCCUUUGGAGAUGAAAUACGCACCUGCUCCCAGACUAACCAGUGGACUGGUCUAGAGCCUUGCUGCGUUCAGAACCCCGUAUUUUGCAAAGAGCUGGGUAGCCCUCCCACGAGCUCUGUUGUGUUGACGGGAGAACAGGUGGGAGAUCGUGCUGAUUACACCUGCAACGAGGGACUGAACAGAGUGCGCGGUGACCUCACCCGGACCUGUCUCCCCUCAGGGAUGUGGAGUGGGGAGGAGCCUCUUUGCUCGGUGACGUGUUCAUCGUUGUUAGCCCCUGCUAAUGGUAGCGUGACACUGGACGGCAACAGACCUGGUGAUAGGGCCGAGUACAGCUGCAACUCAGGCUUUAUGCUUAUCGAGACUGGAGAAGGUAGAGAGUGUCAGGAUAAUGGGGAGUGGUCUGGAACACCCUCUACAUGUGAUCCUGCCACUAUGGGUCCUCUUAACUGUGACAAACUGACUGCCCCUAAGAAUGGAGCGGUGGAUCUCAGUCAGGGCAUGAUGUCUGGAUCUAUGGCAAUGUACAGCUGUGAUGAGGGAUAUGUCCUGAGUGGCAUAGCGGAAAGAAUAUGCGAUCUCAACAAGAAUGGGGAUUGGUCGGGCACUCAACCUACUUGCUUACCGGUUGAUUGUGGUUUGCUGCCUCCGCCCACUAACGGAGAUGUACAGGUCUCCUCGACAACCCUCGGCUCUGCCUUCAUCUACCAGUGUGACGUGGGCUAUGUCUUGACCACCCACUCGAUCAGAGUGUGCCUGGCUGAUGGAAGGUGGAGUGGAAUGAAUCCUGCUUGCCAACCGAUUGAUUGUGGUUUGCUGCUUCCGCCUAUUAACGGAGAUAUAAAGCUCCCCUUGACAACCCUCGGCUCUGUUCCUAUCUACCAGUGUGACGUAGGCUUUGUCUUGACUAGCCCCUUUAUCAGAGUGUGCCUGGCUAAUGGCAGCUGGAGUGGAAUGAGCCCUGUUUGCCAACCCCUCCCUGAUACUGUGAUGUGUCCCACUCUCUCUGACCCAUCUAAUGGGGCCAUACUUAUGACAAACACCACUGUCGGCUCUGUUGUAUCGUACACCUGUAGCCGUGGAUACCGACUGGAUGGACCAAUGACGAGGGAGUGUCAGAGUGGUGGCAACUGGACUGGCAGUGAUCCUGUCUGCUCUUUUAUUGACUGCGGGGCCCUGGAGGAUCCAGCUAAUGGUAGAGUGACCACACUCCAGGGCACAACACUCAACCGAAUAGCUCGUUACUUUUGUGAUAGAGGGUUUGUGACAGUUGGCUCAAACUUCCGACUGUGUGGCUCUACCAGCAUGUGGGGUGGAAUGGCCCCAACUUGCCGAGCGGUUGACUGUGGUCAACUAAUGCCCCCGGUCAAUGGCCUGGUGGAUACUACAGGGGGUACUGUGUUUGAGAGGGAGGCGGUGUACAGCUGUCGUGAGGGCUAUGAGGUGAACGGGCCCACAACGAGACAAUGUCUGGCAUCAGGACAGUGGAAUGGAAUGGAACCAACAUGCAGCUUGGUGGACUGUGGCAACUUGGACCCCCCACAGAGGGGGAGGGUGUUCUUGUCUGGUACAACGUUUGGUUCCCAGGCCAACUACUCGUGUGACACCCACCACAAAUUAGUUGGCCCCGACAGCCGUGAGUGUUUGGAGGAGGGGCUCUGGAGUAACACACAACCAACCUGUGAAGCGUUACAGUGUCCUGAGCUUGCCAACCCCAGUGGUGGAGUUGUGGACACCCCCACUAGAACAGUGGGCUCUCUGGCCCGUUACAGCUGCUCCCUCGGAUACACACUUAUGGGGUCAGACGCGUCGGAAUGUUUAGAGUCGGAAAUGUGGAGCAAUGAACCACCUACUUGUCAAAUGAUUGUGUGCACUGACUUGUCAGCCCCUGAGGACGGGAUGGUUGAGGUGAGAGGGCGUGCAGUAGGGGGGGAGGCUGUAUAUCGCUGUAACCCCGGCUUCGUUUUGAGGGGUAGCACAACAAGAAUUUGUGUUGAAGAUGGACAGUGGACGGGGGAGCAGCCUGUCUGUGAAGCUGUGACGUGUCCCGUGCUACCCGGCCUGACCAACGGCCUUGUGGUAGUGAGCACUCGAACGGCAGGCUCUCGUGCAGUGUACGUAUGUAACAGUGGCUAUGCCGUGUUGGGUGUCAUUGCUCGACUGUGCGGAGAUGAUGGGAGGUGGACAGAGGAGGAGCCAGUAUGCAUCAGGGAUAACUGUGACGAGAUGGAACUGACCAAUCCGAUGAAUGGAAUGGUUACUUACACCAAUAACGCUAUUGGCUCUAUAGCAACGUACAGCUGCAUCACUGGCUAUAGACUGGUUGGUGACUCAACACGAGAGUGUGCAGUAGUCUCCAGCAGUCAGAACAGCUGGUCUGGAGCACCCCCUCGCUGUAUAAAGAUUGUGUGUCCUACUCUGAUGAGUCCUAUCAAUGGGGGCGUGUUUGUCACUCACUCCUGUUUUGGAGGAGCUGCUCUGUACACCUGUAAUGCUGGGUUCAUACAGUCAAACGGUUUGCUCAAACGAACAUGUCGUGAGAAUAGCCAAUGGGAUGGAGAGGAGCCAUCAUGUGAACCCCUCCCUGAUACUGUGAUGUGUUCCACUCUCUCUGACCCAUCUAAUGGGGCCAUACUUAUGACAACCACCACUGUCGGCUCUGUUGUAUCGUACACCUGUAGCCGUGGAUACCAACUGGAUGGACCAAUGAUGAGGGAGUGUCAGAGUGGUGGCCAGUGGACUGGCAGUGAUCCUGUCUGCUCUUUUAUUGACUGCGGGGUCCUGGAGGAUCCAGCUAAUGGUAGAGUGACCACACUCCAGGGCACAACACUCAACCGAAUAGCUCGUUACUUUUGUGAUGGAGGGUUUGUGUUAGUUGGCUCAGACUUCCGACUGUGUGGCUCUACCAGCAUGUGGGGUGGCAUGGCCCCAACUUGCCGAGUGAUUGACUGUGGUCAACUAAUGCCCCCGGUCAAUGGCCUGGUGGAUACUACAGGGGGUACUGUGUUUGAGAGGGAGGCGGUGUACAGCUGUCGUGAAGGCUAUGAGGUGAACGGGCCCACGACGAGACAAUGUCUGGCAUCAGGACAGUGGAAUGGAAUGGAACCAACAUGCAGCUUGAUAGGGACAGUACCUGACUCCUGUGGUGAUCCUGGAACUCCAGUCAACGGAGGUAGGGUUCUCAGAGCCACUAUAGUCGGCUCUAUGGUGGAGUACAGCUGCAACAACGGCUACAUGUUGUCAGCAGGUGGGAACAGAGUCUGCUUGAGUAACCAACAGUGGAGUGGGGUCCUUCCAAGCUGUAACCCUGUGAUGUGCCCCGUCCUUGCGAACCCUGACAACGGACGGGUGCUGGGGGAUGGAGUUACAGUCGGCUCUCGUGUCACCUACUUCUGUAACACGGGGUACAAUAUUCGACGCACUGAUGUUAUCUUCAGAGAAUGUUUGCAAUCGGGAGAGUGGAGUGGGGAGGAGCCUAUGUGCAUACCAUUGCAAUGCACGUCUCUUCCUGCAAUUGCUGAUGGCAACGUUGCCAUAGCCAGCCUGAGAGUAGGAUCUAUGGCGGAGUACAGCUGUAACCCUGGGUUCGUCCUCACUGGCCCACAGAUGAGGACCUGCCAGCCUGGGGGAGUGUGGAGUGGCCGGGAGCCAGCAUGUACUAGUGUCGAGUGUGGUGACCCGGGCAGGCCUGUCAAUGGCAGGGCAGUAAUGAGUGACUUCUCUGUUGGCUCUCGUGUCUACUUUGUCUGUGAUGAUGGCUUCCAGACGCAGGACUCUAUUGUCCUCCAGUGUAUGACCAACGGGAGUUGGUCUGCUCCCAUGCCAACCUGCACACCGGCUCGUGCUAAUGCUGCUGCCACCAAUGGUUGCUCUGGUGAAAGUGAAUUGUACUCGACUGGUAGUGUAUGUCAGUGUGUGGACGGAAAGCUAACCUCCUGUUGCCGCUACCGACAAGAUUGGACCACCCUCUCUCAGACUGAAAAGCAACGCUACAUCAGCACUGUCAAAACUGUAUCCACCAGCCCUGAGUUUCAGCCGCUGUACAAUGAACUCAUCAAACGCUACGAAGACUCUUUCAACACGAUUGCUCAAUACGUAAUGUCUGACACGAGUCAAUUCUUCCCCUGGCAUCGAUAUUUUCUUCUUGAGUAUGAGAAUCUACUGAGAAUGGUGGAGCCAUCCAUCACCAUUCCGUACUGGGAUUGGAGUAUGAAACCUAGCAGACCGUAUGAGUCGUCUGUAUUUGAUCCUGAAUCUGGAUUUGGAAAUUCUGCUGAUAAUGUCACUAUGUGUGUAAAGUCUGGCCCAUUUCAAGAAGGACAGUUUGUUGUGACUCCUUCUGCUGAAGGCACCUGCUUGAAACGAGAGUAUGCUGUUUUUCAGUACCCAAGCCGUUCUCAUAUCGAAGAAGAAUUUCUUUCUCUUAGAGCCGAUCAUUUUGACCAGUUUCACAAUUCUAUUCAAUUGUUUGUCAGUCUGAACACCAGAUGCUAUGUGGGGGGUCACAUGUGCACACCGGAGGCUGCCAACGACCCCCUGUACCUCCUACAGAUGUCACGAAUUGACCUCAUCCUUGAGCGCUGGCAAAGGAUGGACAACUACAGAGCUACUGUUCGUUACCAUGACGAGAAAGACCCUCUGGUGCUAACUUUCGACGACUCUCUUGCUGUCUCAGAUUUCAGCAACAAUUCUGCUCUACCCUAUUCCGUGUGUGUAAAGUAUGCACCUCUGCAGCCAGUUGAAGAAGUAAACUCAAGAACUACACUUCCAAGUUCUGGCCCUGACCUACCGACCAUUGGCCCUCUGAAAGAUAGCCGCACUGACGCUGUUGAGAGAAGAUCAGCUGGAGUGGACUGCUCCUCACUUGUGGACACUGACUCACUAGAACAAAACUAUUUGAGAGACCUUUGUGGUUAGGGCUGGUGUAGGUAGCUAUGUUACUUAUAUUUGUCAUGUGUUUUAUUUUUGUCUACAAUUAAAUUUCACAUUUAUUUUCUGUCAUAUUAUAAUCACUGAAGUUUUUUAUUUUAAGUCAUGGACUUUCUAUAUCACAUAAUUAUACUUUACAUUAUUAUGUACUUUGCAAAAAUAUAUAGAUAACAAAACAAUCAUGUUCGAACAAUGUUUGGUAAAUGAA